AUGCCCAGUUCCAGCUCGUCGCCGAAUCCAGCCGCCACGAGCCCGGUGGUCCAGGUGAUGCUGGCGUUUGAGUCUGCCUCGCGCUCUCCGAAACAUACCAACGAUAAAGUCAACGUCAACGCCAUCACAGACUCGGAAGAUGACCAGCAGCUUACUCCCGCUACAGAUUUGCUUACUCUGGCCCACGACCAGGUCGAUACUGACCCGAUUCGCCAAAUUGACAGCAAUGAGUCCCCCAUUGACCCUCCUCCUCGCCUGCAAGACAAGGACGACUCACCAGGCUUUCUGUCGCUACUGAGCCAGCAUACCAAUGAGGAUGACUAUGGAGACGACUCGACGCCUUCGGCAUUGCCUCGAAUGCCGGGCACUUACGACUUCAAUGGUCUCAAGGAUGCCAUGCCCAUGUCUGAGAGCAUAGAACGUCUUCAAAACGAGGAGUUGCACCCGCCUUCAAGAAAAGACCUUCAAAGUGUUCAGAACGAUAUUCAGCCCGGCAAGAAGCCCUCGAAUCACUCUUUGGGCAGUCCUGUGGUGCUUUCAGAGGGUGACAAUAGUAAGACCCAGUCUCAGGACCAAUCACAGGAAGCAGAGCCUCCAAAGGAUACCGUCGGUCUCGGAAUUUCCACCGAAAAUACGCCAUUCACUGUUCAAAGCGCUGGGGACUCUAUUGAAGUACCUGUUAGGGGUGAUCUUCUAGGAGGUGAUAUCAAUCUCUCCAGAAGCCCCUACUUGGGCACGCCUGAAAUUGAACAGUAUAAGCCUCAGCUCGACCCAGGUAAGCCUAAAGCCGACUUGGAUAUCGAGGAGAUCUUGAAGCAGCGUGCUCGUGAUUCCAAUACUGACACUGACCAGUCUUCUGCCGAGAACAAAUUGUCUGACACUCUCGAUAAGAUCCCUACUGUCCAAGACACAAUUGACGACGACAAGGACGAUAUGAUGAACAUGAGCCAUUCCACGUCAAUUGAGGAGCCAUUAUCAGGUCUUCUGAUGAUCGAGAAUCCUUCCCAACGUUCGCUUUCGAACCUGACAGUUAUUAGAAGCCCUCCUCCUCCACCUUCCUCUCUGGGUUCUCAUGGAUACAAUGCCACGCCAGCCAUCACUGGCACCGAAGGCAACCAGACGCCACGCAGUCAGGGCACUAUCGUUAACCGUACGCCCCAGCUGAAUAGCACGAUACGUUACCCACAUAUCGGUGCUCAAAAGUCCCCUCGUGAUCUUGAUAUGGGCGUCAUCCAUUCCAACGCUAAACUUUCAACGCCUCUACUGAACGGCAAAAAGAGAAGCAGUGGCAGCAGGGUCAAAGGCGUUUUUAGCUCCAUGUUCGGCAAGUCCAAGCUGAAUCCUUCGGGUUCCCCAGAAUUGAGCAUGAAAAUUAGUACGCCAUUUAAUCCUCAGCAUACGCAGCAUGUUUCUGAAGCUCCAGAUGGUUCUUUGGCAGGCUUACCUGCUGAAUGGGAAAGACUUCUUCUGUUCCAAGGCAUUUCCAAGAAAGAGCAGGAGCAGCAUCCACAUACAAUGAGAGAUAUUAUGGCUCUUUUCUUCGAGGAAAAAAUUGGCGAGAAGAAGGGCCCAAUGUCUGAGCAAGAAGGAGGCACUGAAAGCCCAUCCUUGGGAUACGCUAAUGAAAGUACUUCAUCCUUUGCUCAGUCAUCUCCACCUUCGACUCCAACAGCUAGCUCUAGCCUGUCAGAACAUGUUAAUGCCCAGAGACAUUCUGGUCCUCAAAUCUCCACGCCUGUUCAACAAAUAUCUGUUCCAAAGACACAGAAAACGCCCGGAAGCACACAGGCAGAGGGCCAGUUUAUUCCAAGUCGUCCAGCUCCAAAACCACCAUCGACUCCAUCGGCGUAUGCUCCUACUCCUCCAGCCUCCGAUACUCCUCGCUCAAAGAAAUCAAUGAUGGGCCGCCGUUCUUUAUCCAACAAGUCGCUUAAGAAGAGCUCUCAGAAACCAGAAAUUGCCCCACCACCACUUCCGAACAUCAGUGGCCCCAUCCGUGCUGCUCCUCAGCCUCCUUCCCAGAUACCAAAGUCCAAGUCACACAGCUACUCGCUUGCCCAGCAAACGCAAACAGCUAACAAGGGCUCAACAACCGCACCUGUUGCCCCCACAUCAAGAUUCAAUGACCAGCAUGCUCCUGAUAAGGAGUUCAAGGCUCACAGAGCUCCACCUCCACCUCCACCUCCAGUUCACAAGACUCCAGCUCAGGCUCUUGAACACAUCACUUCCGACAGUGCUACCUACGAACGUAAUAAGUCCCUGGAGCCCAAGAAGUCUCUGGCAACCAGCGAGCAGACGCAGACUUCUUCAUCAAGCCACCAGCAGCCUAUCAGAGAUGCCAAGAAGGCAGCUUUGUUGACGCAAAAGAGAAGAGAAGAGAAGAAGCGUAAGAAUCAGCAAAUCAUCUCCAAGUUGCAGAGUAUCUGUACUGAGGGUAACCCUAAUGACUACUAUAAAGACCUCAAGAAGAUCGGCCAAGGUGCCUCUGGUGGAGUCUACAUCGCUAGGUCUGUGGCUGGUCCAUCAGGCAAGAUUGUUGCAAUCAAGCAAAUGAACCUUGAACAACAACCAAAGAAGGAAUUAAUUAUUAAUGAGAUUUUGGUCAUGAAGAGCAGCAGACAUGACAACAUCGUGAACUACAUCGACUCGUUCUUGAUCAAGGGCGAACUCUGGGUAGUCAUGGAAUAUAUGGAGGGCGGUUCCUUGACUGAGAUUGUCACACACAGUGUUAUGACUGAGGGCCAAAUUGGUGCUGUUUGCAGAGAGACGUUGAAGGGUUUGCAAUUUUUGCAUAGCAAGGGUGUCAUUCACAGAGAUAUUAAAUCAGACAAUAUCUUGCUUAAUGUCGACGGUCACAUUAAGAUGACUGAUUUCGGUUUCUGUGCUCAAAUCAAUGAGCUCAAUCUCAAGCGUACUACAAUGGUCGGUACUCCUUAUUGGAUGGCUCCGGAAGUCGUUUCCAGAAAGGAAUAUGGUCCUAAGGUUGACGUUUGGUCCUUGGGUAUUAUGGUGAUCGAGAUGAUUGAAGGUGAGCCACCAUACUUGAAUGAGACUCCUUUGAGAGCGUUAUAUUUGAUUGCCACUAAUGGUACACCUAAAUUGAAGGAACCAGAGGUGUUGAGUUACGAUAUCAGAAAGUUCCUUAAUUGGUGUUUGCAGGUUGAUUUCAACAAGAGAGGAACUGCUGAGCAGUUGUUGGAAGACAAAUUUAUUCUUAACAGUGAUGAUGUAUCAUCGUUAGCUCCUUUGGUUAAGAUUGCUCGCAUGAAGAAGGCUAGCGAGGGCAGUGAUGAUUAA